AUAUCUCUCUUUCUCGCUCUCUCAUUGGUCACUCUCUCUCUCUCUCUCUCUCAAGAAAAAAGACUAGAGAGAGAAAAUAUGGGUUUUGGUGGAGCUAAAGCUCUAGUCUUUGUGCAGCUCUCAGUUCUUCUACUGAGUUGCUUCACUGUGUUUGGAAAUGUAAUUGAUGUUUUACCCCCAAGCUCUCCUCCACACCACCAUGUUCACUAUUCACACCCAGUAGCUUCCCCUGCACACCCACCAACUCACCACCACCACCACCACCCACACCCGCACCCACAUCCUCACCCUCCUACUGCCUCCCCGGUUCACCCACCGGUUCACCCUCCUACCCAUUCACCGGUCCACCCUCCAACCCAUUCACCAGUUCACCCUCCAACCCAUUCUCCGGUCCACCCACCAAGCCACCACCACCACCAUGCCCACCCACCGGCUCACCCUCCUACUCACGUCCCGGUUCAACCCCCGAGUCACCCUCCAACCCACCAUGCCCCACCGGCUCACCCUCCUACUCACGUCCCGGUUCAACCCCCGAGUCACCCUCCAACCCACCAUGCACCACCGGCUCACCCACCGGUUCAGAGCCCAAGCCACCCCCCGGUUCACCCUCCGCAUUACCCGCCUAAGAAACCUUUCCCAAGGAGCUUUGUAGCGGUUCAAGGCGUUGUUUACUGCAAGUCUUGCAAAUACUCCGGCGUUGACACCCUCUUGGGCGCCUCCCCUGUUCUUGGAGCUACUAUCAAGCUACAGUGCAACAACACCAAGUACCCAUUGGUUGUGAAAACCAACACAGACAAAAAUGGCUACUUUUUCAUCACAGCACCCAAGACCAUCACCACCUUCGGAGCUCACAAGUGCAAGGUCUCCCUCGUCUCAUCACCCUCUGCCACUUGCUCUAAGCCCUCUGAUCUACAUGCCGGUUUGAGUGGUGCAGUCUUGAGGCCACAGAAGCCUUUCAUGUCCAAGAAACUCCCAUUCCUCCUCUACAAUGUUGGCCCAUUUGCCUUUGAGCCCAAAUGCCAUUAGUUUCUUUACAGCAUGUGUGUUUUGUACUGAAGUCUUUGUCUAGUUUUCACCACAUAAUCCUAGCAUAAUCUGUCAUUGUUAGGGUUUUCCCCCAACAAUGGUUUUAAUGGUACUCUUCUUAUUUGGCUAAAAAUAAAUAAUGGGAUUUUUAGAAUGGUAAUGUUGUGGGUGUACUCUUUUGAAUUAUUAAUAAUAGAAUUACCUAUUUUAACU